CGUUGGCCCCAUCGUCGCUCGACCGUCGUCUGCUUGAUCGCCGUGAGCAGACGACGUCCUCCGCCUUGCGUCGGAGUGUCGUCUGCUUCGUCUUCACUCUGAGCAGACCCGACGCCGACUGCGAGCCGCUUGGGAAAUUUGGAAACCGAAACCGGAAGCCGGAGGACGGAAGCAGUUGGGCCUCCCCACCCCCUCUGACCACUCUUACUUCCCUGCCAGACGACGUCGGGCAUCCAUCGGCGAGCCACGGCAAACCACGUCCUCUUCCUGCCACGGGACAUCGCGGGAACAGAUGGUGGACUGAACGUCUACCGGUGUUGUGAUCGUCUGUGGGCGUGCCUAACGUCGUCUGGAAGUUGUGAUUUCGUCUGCUUUCGAACUUCGAUCUCUGUCGGUCUCUCGGACAGCGGGACGUGAGUCACGUGAUUGACAUCGCGCGCAGUUCGGCAGGUGCGUGGACGGACGGAAGGGGACGUUUCGGCUAAAAGAAGAGAGAUCGGUUUGUUUGUACAGUGAUGAGGAGGUAGCCCAGCGGAUUGCUGCCGAAAUGUUUUCGAAAGAAGUCUGCAUAGCCGUCAUGGCGCUGUGCGCCGUGAAACUGGUGACGUCUGGUGACGAGGUGGUCCUACCGUCGUCUUCAUCUGGUGUGAACAUAACCGGCAACAUGCGCUCGAUGGACGAGGACCAGGUGAUGUCGCUGCACGAACUGCUCAAGAGGAAGUUGGAACGCACCCGCGGCCUGGUCAGCCUGGGCAUGGACCCGUUCCAGGCGGGGUCCAUGGGAUUUCUAAUACAGGAGCCGGGCGCCUACAUCAACGUCUCGCUCACCAAGGUCGCCGUGACGGGACUGUCGAACUUCACCAUCCGUGACGUGGCUACCAACAACGCCGCCAUGCGCGCCAGCGUGCUGAUGAUCAUGCCCCGAUUGGAGAUACGAUGCGCCUAUCGCGUCAAGGGCUACAUCAGCGGCGAAGGCGAGAAGGGGUCGCGCGUGGUCGACGAGAGCGGCCAGUUCGAGGCGGUGCUGGGUCGCGCCGCCAUGUCCUGGUUCGCCCGUGUGCUGCACGUCGACAAGGACGACCUGCUGGUGGCCCAGACGGGCCUGAGGACACACGUCGAUGAGGUGACCAGGCGGUUCCUGCAGACGGCCAAGGUCGCGACCCGACCACCGUCCGAGAACCAGGACGACGUAAUGGACGUGGUCGGCUCCAGCAUCGUGGACCACGUGCGCCAGAUGGUCGAGGACAAGCUCAACAGGGUCAUAACCAAGGCGGUGUCCACGAGGCCCACCGAGGUGCAGGACCUGCUCGAGUCGAUGGUUGUGCCGACACCGCACUCAGAGGUGCCACGCACCUUCUCCCCCCACGGGCACCGUAUCAGCAAGCGCCAGGUUCCCUGCAACAACGGCACCGAGCUGGACGACUACGUCGACUACCUGUUCCGAUUCGCCACGCGUCUCAUCCGCGCCAUGGAGCCCAUCCAAGGACCCAACUUCACCAUCUACAUCGAGGAGCAUCUCCAGGUCUUCUUGUACGACGUCCAGGCGCGCAACGUGUACACGCUGUCCCGCCGCAAGCCGGCCUACGUCAUCUGCCGCAACGGCGACGUCACCGUGGGCCUGGUCAUCCUCCUGGACAGCAUCAUGGCGACGGCCAAGUACCGCGUGCUCACCGACCACCGGCACCUGCUGUACAACGGCGACGCCGACAUCAAGCUCUCGGGCACCGUCGUCUGGAUCCAGAUCUCGCAGCUCGCGAACGGCAACAACCGGCUAGACGUAGUGCGGAUAUGGAGGAUGGGCAAAGCCCAAGUGUUGCUCAAGGGACUCGGCAAUCUCACGUCGGCCAUAUCCAUGUUACUCACCAGUAUACUGAACCACGACCCGUGGAACGUGAUACCCGUGGCCGAAGCGCAGGCCAUAACGUUCGGCAGGGAGAUGCUGGCGAACAUCACUGUGCCUAUAUUCUCGCUCGUCUGAGGGCGCCACCGUUUGUUUCUCGCCUCUAUACUUCCGCACGCCGGGUGGCCCGUCUCACCACUAAGUGGACGUAUACUCUCGUCGAAAAACUUCCGUUAAUGCGUCCAAUAAUUCUGUACAGACCUCCCCAACGAGGGUUCCCUUGGAGUUGCCAUAAUGUCCUCUGGACUUUUGCGAGCCCGCGUGAUCAACUGCACAAAUGCACUAUAGGGACAGUGGUAACACGUGCACUUUAUAAGCACGCUCAAUAGUCCAAAAAGAAGGUGUUAUCAAGUCACGAUGGAAAGGCUUUAUGUCGUAUAGGUGUUUCCAUAGGAAAAUAACAGAACGGAUGAUGUAUUUCGUAAAAUUUCCUGUUAUUCUUUUGCAUGAGAAUUGAGCGAGGGUCGUAUAGAAUUAUUGGACUGCAUAUUACUGUAUUGUUUCACUAAAGGUAGCCACUUUGGCAAGUGUGCUAAAAAGCAGCUGCUGUAGUAUGCCCCUGGUAUAACGAGGGCUUAUGAUGUACCUCGCCAAUGAGUCUUUGCCUCCUGUCGACAUGACGUCUCACGUAAGUGAAUUACAGAUGUAGACGCGCGUUUCUGCCGCUGGCACAGACAUCGUGGUGUAAGACCUUGUCGAUGCUCCUGGCAAGAGCCAGACGUACCAGAUGUUUCCAGAUGGAUGCAGCGCGUCAGCUGCCUGUUUAUGUGUGCCAAACCCGUGGAGCCCUUGUCUUCUAGGAGUGCGACCCUCGCUAACCUAUUGCCGUCUACGUUGGCAGUAAGCACCUCGCGUUGCGCUAACCAAAUUAGGCGUCCUUAACCCAGAACACAUGUUUACGGAAGAAGCGUUUCGGACUCACGUGCGGCGGUAUUCGGGAGUUUCAAACCGCACGUACACCCAUAAAGUGGGGCUGAUAGCGGCAUCUUGUGGUGCUUUGAUGAACCACCCAAAAUGUCAUAAGCAUCUUUCUUCUGUGUUUCUCGUUUCUCUCGUUCCAGGAAAAUACCCAUGUACACAGGUGAUUGUAUUGCUUGUAGACGCCUAUGCGCCAGCAGAUAAGCAACACGUGGCCUUGUCAUUGUAGUAGCAGUUUUGCGAACUCUGGUGUUACUCGACGUCUCAAGAUGGCGCCACCAGCGCUGCUCCUUACGUUUGCGUCUUCUGUCUUCCGUAAAUGGUAAUACGUGUACGCACAAGAUAAAUCGCUGUUUUUUGGCCCAUUGUUUAAGUAUAGUUACCGGGACAAUUACGCGCUCGCUUUGCUCAGUGAAGCCCUAGAGGUGGCGAUAUGAACUUCGCCUACAGGGUCCUCGAGGAACUUGUCUUUGCACUGUAAUAGACAGUACAGUAAAACUCAGAUCGAAGGUGUCAUAGCUAUAGGUCCCUCCUUUUAGCAUUCGCCACACAGUUUCGUAAAGUUUCGGAAGUAGGCCGUCCCCGUUUCAGAACGUUUCAGUUCGCUCGCAAUGUUACCACGAUGGGGAAGAAUACACUCAACGCUCAAACGGUCAACCAUUGACAUGGUUGACCCUGGAGCGGAGCUCUUGUUCGCCUGCGGUUCUUACCAGUUCCCGUGACAUCACCUCAGCCUAGCGCGCUGCUUCGAUAACAGAGGCGCGCAUCCUCUCUUGCAGUCACGCUGAGCGUGUCACGUCGUUUUUUAGACAAGAAUUCCAAUAGUUAGCAAGGGAGGACAUAGUCGCGACGCUUCAUAAUUUGGGGUCCUUGAAUAGCGAAACUUUGGCAUAGAGUUCGAGAGAGAAGGGAGGAAAGAAAGGCAGGGAGGUUAACCAGACUUGGUCCAAUUUGCUACCCUAUACGUGGGGAGAGGGAUGGGGGAGUGAUAGAAAGAGAGAGAGAAAAGACACGAGUCUUGAUCGCACUUUCACAUGCGCUAAGCCAGAUGCGGCAUAUCUAAAGUCGGGCACUCAUGUCUGUCACCUCCAGGUACUGUAGAAGAGUUCUAGUGGCUUUCUGGGCUGAAUUUCCUGUUUGGAUUACGACUGACAUUUUUUUAUGCUAUGCUUCUUUCAUGAUUGGCCACGGACCAAUAAUUGUUGUACUCCUGUAUGUGCGAUCAUAUUCUGUAAUUCGGAGAAAUCAGAUAUUUAAAUUCUCGAAGGAAGUAUGUCGAUUGUUUGCCCCAGCCCUACAUGAAUCACAAUCCGCAGAGAAGUCGGGAGCUGAUCGAAGUUAGUGGGACAUUCCUGCCUGCUUCUGGUCCGCGCCUAUGAGGCUAUGGUUGCCAAUAAGCGACACCUACACGUUCGUACAGGUGACAAACCACUGUGCAUGUGUUGCAUAAUAUUCCAGGCUACUUUUCAUAAUCAUCCACAUCUUAUACGGGAGAGCGUAGCGGUGAAAGAGCGCCUGCGCUUUGCAGUGAAACGUGCACCGGCGUUGACAGCAUCUAUUCAAGAGGUAGCCAAACGAAUCCGAGUCGUAGCCCGGAUGCGAGAGUGCAUGUGUAUGUGAGCUGAAAGCUCUCUCAGUCUUACCUUGUAAACGGGUAUUUGUCGUCAUUGUUUUGUGUUAUGGCAAUAAAGCUUGAGGUCGGCUAUUUCUGGAAACUGUCCGCCAUAUUGUCAGAUUCGCCGUCUUCCCAGCUCUGACUGGCUCACGUGGCUAGCUGCGCGUGCCUUCUCUGAUUGGCUCAAAACGCAAAUGUGGUGUAGUUUGACAGUGCCCAGAGUAGUGAUCCAGUGUCAUCGAUACCAUUACACCCGUCAUGACAUAUACUAACGCUUAUAUUCUAAACGAUCGUUCGCAUUGUUGCGAAGACACUGUCACAGUUUAUCGUGCUGUGUAUUGCAAUGCCAUCGUCUGCUUUUUAACCGUACAAGCAAGCAGACGUCUGCUACGUUCAAGCAGUAUGGGAGAAGGACGACUCUGCGCACCGGACAAAUUUGUGACGGUGCGCACCUUCAUACGUCUGUAAAUAGUGUUAUUGAACAGUGCGCUGCUUGUAUUUUUUUGAGAACUGCUUAUACUACUCGGAUUGCACUUCUGCGACUGAACUUGACCUUCCAAUCCGGAAUCAUCCGCCCAAGGCCCCUGCCAAGCCCCAAGCCAAGCCAAGCGAACCGAUCUUCGACUGUCUGAAAGUGUCCAGCAAUUGGCAAAAAUAAAUAAACAAAUGCUAACUGCGUAUGUUAACAUGUCUAACAAAUAACACAGAAUUAAACUCCUAUGUCCGAAUGAC